AUGUCUGUCGAGAUCACCCCCUCUAAGCAGGCUGCCUCUGCCAUUGAGAACUUCAAGAUCGAGUCUCCCGUCAAGAAGCUCGACUUCGGUGCCGCCGACAAGGAGAACCAGCCGAUUGACGCCGGUGUCACUGACCUCGCUAAGAGCAUGGAUGCCAAGCAGGCCGACAAGCCCAUUGCCCUCGAGGUCGCUAAGCAGGAGGAGGCCCCCAAGGCCCCUGGUCUCUCUGCUGAGGAACUCGAGGAGCCCAUUCUCAAGGAGAACCCUCAUCGUUUCGUCCUAUUCCCCAUCCAGUAUCACGAGGUCUGGCAAAUGUACAAGAAGGCUGAGGCUUCCUUCUGGACUGCUGAGGAGAUUGACCUCUCCAAGGAUCUUCAUGACUGGAACAAUCGUCUGAAUGACGAUGAGAAGUUCUUUGUCUCUCACAUUUUGGCCUUCUUCGCCGCGUCUGAUGGCAUCGUCAACGAGAACCUGGUUGAGCGCUUCAGCGGAGAGGUGCAGAUCCCCGAGGCUCGAUGCUUCUAUGGAUUCCAGAUUAUGAUGGAGAACAUCCACUCAGAGACUUACUCUCUUCUCAUCGACACCUACAUCAAGGAGCCUGCCCAGCGCACCUACCUUUUCAAUGCCAUUGACACUAUUCCUUGCAUCCGUAAGAAGGCCGACUGGGCCAUCAGGUGGAUCCAGGACCGUAACUCCACCUAUGCUCAGCGCCUCGUCGCCUUUGCCGCCGUUGAGGGUAUCUUCUUCAGCGGUGCUUUCGCUUCUAUCUUCUGGCUGAAGAAGCGUGGCUUGAUGCCCGGCCUGACCUUCUCCAACGAGCUCAUCUCCCGCGAUGAGGGUCUCCACACCGACUUCGCCUGCCUGCUUUUCUCACACUUGAAGAACAGACCCAGCAAGGAGGUUGUCCGCGACAUCAUUAUCGAUGCUGUCAAGAUCGAGCAAGAGUUCUUGACUGAGGCUCUGCCCUGUGCUCUGCUCGGCAUGAAUGCCAAUCUGAUGAAGCAGUACAUUGAGUUCGUCGCCGAUAGACUCCUUGUCGCUCUCGGCAACGAGAAGGUCUACCGCUCUACCAAUCCCUUCGACUUCAUGGAGAACAUCUCCCUUGGAGGCAAGACCAACUUCUUCGAGAAGCGGGUUGGCGAGUACCAGAAAGCUGGUGUCAUGAACAGCACAAAGAAGGUCGCUUCGGACGAUGUCACUUCCCCCGAGGCCAAGAACGAGAACGGUGGUGACUUCUCCUUCGAUGACGACUUCUAA